AUCGCUGGUCUCUCCCCCGACCCGACCCCCGACUUCAGGCUGGUUGCAAAAUCGAUGCCGUCGCGCCUGGGGCGGUCGGGCCACGUUGUCAUGGCAACCGGCCGUCGCGUCGGCGCGGCUGCGGUAAUCGAUGACCGGCGAAGGCGGGGAGCGAGUCCGGGGCGGCCAUUUUCGCGCUGUGCCCUCGAUGCGGCCCAGAGGUGUGAGCUGGCGUGUGCGUGCGUGAGAGGAUCGGGCGGCGCGAGGCGCCCCUCCUCCGACAACGUAUCCACCGGCAGCGCCGCCGGCAUGGGCACCGUGCUGUCGUUCAGCCCCCACGAGCGGCGGCCGCCGCCGCCGUGCCCGCCUACCUACGACACCAUGUACCACCUGCCGCGACGCAGCAGGCUGGUGCCAAACGAGAACUCAGGCGUGCUCCUGGAGCCGCCGCCAGCCGACAAGGGUCUGAAGAAACACUCCAACUUCAUCCAGGCCCUCAGCUGGAAGCGCUUCUCCUCCUCCAACAAGAAGAAGCUCGAUGUUAGCCAGAACCGUACUAAGAGCAUGCUGACGCUCCGACAGCCGCUGGACGCCAUCCAUCCCCUGGUCGACAACAACCGUAACAUCCAGAAGUCGUCGUCGGCCGCGUGCUAUGCAGUGCGGCCUCCCCCGCCGGUGGGAGGGCUGGACGUGGUCCGCCUGGGCGGCACGGCCGCUGCGACCCGGCCCGAGCGGCUGCCCCGCGCCGUGCUGACGCAGGCGGCGGCGGCCGUCAGUCCGGGCCGGCGCACCGUCAUCCAGGCGUCCACCUCAGAGCUGCUCCGCUGCCUGGGCAUGUUCCUGCAGCGGCGCUGCACCCAGCUCAGCGACUUCCAGGCCGGGGAUGCCAUCAUGUGGCUGCGCACCGUCGACCGCUCGCUGCUGCUCCAGGGCUGGCAGGAUAUUUCGUUUGUCAACCCGGCCAACGUGGUGUUCGUCUACCUUCUGGUCCGCGAGGUGGUCACCGCGGACGUGACGUCAGAGCACGAGCUGCAGGCCGUGGUGCUGACGAGCCUCUACCUCUCCUACUCCUACAUGGGGAACGAGAUCUCGUACCCGCUGAAGCCGUUCCUGGUGGAGUCCAACAGGGACCGAUUCUGGGACCGGUGCGUGGACAUGAUCAACCGGCUGAGCGGCGACAUGCUGCGCAUCAACUCCGACCCGAGGUUCUUCACGGACGUCUUCACCGAGCUGAAGGCCGUGUGCGCCGAGUGAAGGCGACGCGAGAGCGAGGAGUGUGUGGGUGUGCACGGUCGCCGCGAGACCCCACAUGCGCGGGGCUGUCGCCGUCGACCUGACUCUUCCGUCGUUGGAUGAGAGCCGGGAACCUGGUUCGAGCGCGUCUAGAAUAUUGUGUGCCGGGCAAGUGGCAAUACUCUCCCCAGUGUGUGAUCGCCAGAAACCUGUGAUCUCAUGCGACAUGUUGUGCCGCUGCUGUUCCCUUAAAAACUUUCUAGCCGUGCGCUGUGGACGUGUUGAGGCGGCGUGUGGCGAGCUCUUGGCUCUUGUGAAAUGACUACUUAUUUAAUAUUUACGUAAAGAGAUAGUUUUUUUUAAACAAAUAUCCCAAUUUUCAUUUUUUUUAGAGAUGUUUGACUUUUCUAAUUAACUUAAAAUCGUAGCUCAAAAGAGUCAAUAGUUUUCCUUUAUGGAGCCCCACAAUUAUCUUAAACGAUUUUGAUUCCUUAAAAUGAGUUUUAAAAGAUCCAUUUGACAUUAAAGUCAAGGGUUCGAAUGUGCUCAAAAUUUAUUUAUUUUUCUUCAUCAUCCUACUGCCAAGCCACCGUAAUGAUGGUAAUCCGGUUGAAACUAGCAAAAUAGUCUCGUUUGAUGAAGCGUAAACCCGAGACGUGUUCUAUCUCCGCUUGUUCGUCUGUCUUCCUGUGCUGUCUGAUGAGUGUGAUCAUCAGAUAUAUACCAUAUACUGUCUGAAACUUUGUGCGGCAAAUUAAUUGCGCGCACAUUACAGGUCUGUACGUGGUUUCGUCUGGGCAUUAUAUGUUUGAAGUCUGCAUUCAAACAAUGAGAUUCAGUGAGAUUUAGCGUAGCUUGUAGCUGCCGUUCGUAUAUUUUUAGGUAGAUGUGGUUAUGUGAGUCUCAAAAGAAAAGUGUCUGGUCCAUACAAUAAUUUUUUUUUUGCGCAUCGCCGUAAUUAUUACUGGGAUGGGUCCAUUUUCUUCCUAACAUUAUUUCUACGAAUGAUACGUCUGAAGUGACAGUUUACAUUAAUUUCCACAAGCUGGCAUUCCACUCAUGACUGAAAACAAAACAAAAUAGGGUGAGGAAUGGUGUGCAAUGUCAUUGCGUAUUUGUGGAAAAGGCGUACAAGGCUCUGUAGACGCCUUUUAUGCGUGAUUCUGACUUUCGUGCAAAUGCAUGUGCUCCAACUUAAUUAAAAGUUAGGUACUGAUCUACACAAUACUGUUAUGAUAAGGAUGUUGCUAGUAGCGAACUAUGUAGGCUGUCGUAAAAUGAUAUAUUGUUUAAUGUUUUCUCAUCAUUUGAGGCGCAAGCCGUUGUUUCUGAAUCGUUGUCAUCAUGCGUUCCGUAAGGGCUGUUGUGGGUGUUUACCACUUAAGCUAUGUUCCAUGUUUAUGUAAUUAUUUAUGGCGUUGUCUGCAUGUCGCAACGUAAACAAAAUAGCUGCCCUAACGGCGAAACGAUAAUCAUUGAGUUCCAGUAACGCUGGACUGCAGUGCGCUGGUGAAGAUGGAAUGUGGCACGCAUUUUUGAGGAACGAGCAUGUCCCUUUGACUGGGUUACGCAGAGGCAAAUGACUGUGCCAAUCGUACCGAUAGUUUGCCGCAAAAAUAAAUUGGACAUGUUUCA